AUGUUCGGAAUUUGGCAACAUUGGCAUAAACUCCUGGCACAUUUUCUUUCCCACAUUCUAUUCCCCAUGCAACAACUCCUGCUUGAUAAUAAACCUCACUCUUUCCUGGGACUGGACAAACUAAAGAAGCUGUUAAGUUGUAAACACAGUGGGCACCGGUUAAGACGACACUUGGAUGAAUUAAUGAUCCACCACAAAAAUAAUUAGUCCAAUCUUUGUUAUUA